CCCGCCCGCCUCUGGUGCGCAGGCGCGGCUUCGCGGAUUGGCCGCGCGCGGGGGCCGUCAUUCGGUGGCGGGUCCCGGCCGCGGGGCUGGCGGGCUGAGGGGAGAAAAGAUGGCGGCGGCUGCGGCAGCUGGUGCGGCCUCCGGGCUGCCGGGUCCAGUGGCACAAGGAUUGAAGGAGGCGUUAGUGGAUACGCUCACCGGGAUCCUAUCCCCAGUACAGGAGGUGCGGGCGGCUGCUGAAGAACAGAUUAAGGUGCUGGAGGUGACGGAGGAAUUUGGUGUUCACUUGGCAGAACUGACUGUAGAUCCCCAGGGGGCACUGGCAAUCCGUCAGCUGGCAUCAGUCAUCUUGAAACAAUAUGUGGAGACUCACUGGUGUGCCCAAUCAGAGAAAUUUAGGCCUCCUGAAACUACAGAAAGGGCAAAAAUUGUUAUCCGGGAGCUAUUGCCUAAUGGGUUGAGAGAAUCGAUAAGCAAAGUGCGCUCCAGUGUGGCCUAUGCAGUGUCAGCCAUUGCCCACUGGGACUGGCCUGAAGCUUGGCCCCAACUCUUCAACCUGCUCAUGGAGAUGUUGGUGAGCGGAGACUUAAAUGCCGUCCAUGGAGCCAUGCGUGUGCUGACAGAAUUCACUCGCGAAGUGACAGACACACAGAUGCCACUUGUUGCUCCUGUCAUUCUCCCAGAGAUGUAUAAGAUCUUCACCAUGGCUGAGGUGUAUGGUAUUCGAACCCGUUCCCGAGCCGUGGAGAUUUUUACCACUUGUGCCCAUAUGAUCUGUAACAUGGAGGAGCUGGAAAAGGGUGCAGCCAAAGUCCUGAUCUUUCCCGUGGUACAGCAGUUCACAGAGGCCUUUGUUCAGGCCCUCCAGAUACCAGAUGGCCCCACAUCUGACAGUGGGUUUAAGAUGGAGGUCCUAAAGGCAGUGACAGCCCUAGUGAAAAACUUCCCAAAGCACAUGGUGUCCUCCAUGCAGCAGAUUCUGCCUAUUGUUUGGAACACCCUAACCGAGAGUGCAGCUUUUUAUGUGAGGACAGAAGUAAAUUACACAGAAGAAGUCGAAGAUCCUGUGGAUUCUGAUGGUGAAGUCCUGGGUUUUGAAAAUCUCGUCUUUAGCAUUUUUGAAUUUGUCCAUGCUCUACUAGAAAAUAGCAAAUUCAAAAGCACUGUUAAGAAAGCCUUGCCUGAAUUGAUUUAUUAUAUUAUCCUGUACAUGCAAAUCACUGAGGAGCAGAUUAAAGUAUGGACAGCCAACCCCCAACAAUUUGUAGAAGAUGAAGAUGAUGAUACAUUCUCCUAUACAGUUAGAAUAGCAGCUCAAGACUUGUUGCUGGCUGUGGCCACAGAUUUCCAGAAUGAAAGUGCAGCAGCCCUGGCUGCUGCAGCCACUCGACAUUUACAAGAAGCUGAGCAAACCAAAAACAGUGGCACUGAGCACUGGUGGAAGAUCCAUGAGGCAUGCAUGCUUGCCCUAGGCUCAGUGAAGGCCAUCAUCACUGACAGUGUGAAAAAUGGCAGGAUUCAUUUUGACAUGCAUGGGUUCCUGACCAAUGUCAUCCUUGCAGACCUCAACCUCUCAGUGUCUCCUUUCCUCUUGGGCCGGGCACUUUGGGCUGCCAGUCGGUUCACUGUUGCUAUGUCCCCUGAACUGAUCCAGCAGUUCCUACAGGCAACAGUUAGUGGUCUUCACGAGACACAGCCCCCAUCAGUUCGAAUUUCUGCAGUGAGAGCCAUCUGGGGUUAUUGUGACCAACUGAAAGUCUCAGAGAGUACCCACGUGCUCCAGCCCUUCCUCCCCAGCAUCCUUGAUGGCUUAAUUCACCUAGCAGCCCAGUUCAGCUCAGAGGUCCUCAACCUGGUGAUGGAGACCCUGUGCAUCGUUUGUACAGUAGACCCCGAAUUCACAGCAAGCAUGGAAAGCAAAAUCUGCCCCUUCACCAUCGCCAUUUUCCUAAAGUACAGUAAUGAUCCCGUCGUCGCCUCACUGGCUCAGGACAUCUUCAAGGAGCUGUCCCAGAUUGAAGCCUGUCAGGGCCCAAUGCAAAUGAGGCUGAUUCCCACUCUGGUCAGCAUAAUGCAGGCCCCAGCAGACAAGAUUCCUGCAGGGCUUUGUGCGACAGCCAUUGAUAUCCUGACAACAGUAGUACGAAAUACAAAGCCUCCCCUUUCCCAGCUUCUCAUCUGCCAAGCUUUCCCUGCUGUGGCACAGUGUACCCUUCACACAGAUGACAAUGCCACCAUGCAGAAUGGCGGAGAGUGCUUGCGGGCCUAUGUGUCAGUGACCCUGGAACAAGUAGCCCAGUGGCAUGAUGAGCAAGGCCACAAUGGACUGUGGUAUGUGAUGCAAGUGGUGAGCCAGCUCCUGGACCCCCGCACCUCAGAGUUCACUGCGGCCUUUGUGGGCCGCCUUGUUUCCACCCUCAUCUCCAAGGCAGGGCGGGAACUCGGGGAGAAUCUAGACCAGAUUCUUCGUGCCAUCCUCAGUAAGAUGCAGCAGGCAGAGACGCUCAGUGUCAUGCAGUCCCUGAUCAUGGUGUUCGCUCAUCUGGUGCACACUCAGCUAGAACCUCUCUUGGAGUUCCUAUGUAGCCUCCCAGGACCUACUGGCAAACCUGCUCUAGAGUUUGUGAUGGCUGAGUGGACAAGCCGACAGCACCUGUUCUAUGGACAGUAUGAAGGCAAAGUCAGCUCUGUGGCACUCUGUAAGCUGCUCCAGCAUGGCAUCAAUGCAGAUGACAAACGGCUACAGGAUAUCCGUGUGAAGGGAGAGGAGAUCUACAGCAUGGAUGAGGGCAUCCGCACCCGCUCUAAGUCAGCCAAAAACCCAGAACGCUGGACAAACAUUCCUUUGCUGGUCAAGAUCCUAAAGCUGAUCAUCAACGAGCUCUCCAACGUCAUGGAGGCUAAUGCCGCUCGCCAGGCCACUCCUGCAGAGUGGAGUCAAGAUGACUCCAAUGAUAUGUGGGAGGACCAGGAGGAGGAAGAGGAGGAGGAGGAGGAUGGUUUAGCUGGCCAGCUUUUAUCUGACAUUCUUGCUACAAGUAAAUAUGAGGAGGAUUACUACGAGGAUGAUGAGGAAGAUGACCCUGAUGCCCUGAAGGAUCCUCUCUAUCAGAUUGAUCUGCAGGCAUAUCUCACAGAUUUCCUCUGCCAGUUUGCUCAGCAGCCCUGCUACAUAAUGUUUUCAGGCCACCUUAAUGACAACGAGAGGCGAGUUCUACAGACCAUCGGCAUCUAAAAAGGGGAGCCUUUCUACAUUUGCUCCUUCUGGCCCAGCCGCAAACCAUUUUGCAGCCCUCACUGGCCUUGAGAUGCACUUUCUUCUCAACCUAAAGUGGCAUCUUGACCCUUGGCCCUUGGCCUCGGCAGUGACACUGAUGACAAUUCAGACCAGGCUCACCAGUGCCAUCACUUAGGAAUGCUGGAACAAAGGACAUUUCUCAAAGUUCCCCUGAAGACAUCCCGUCUCUAGAACCUUUUUUCUCCCCGACUCUACCCCCACCUCUGUUCCUAGAGCCCUCUGCUGGCGAGUCCAGAAACAUUAUUGCCCAGAAGGAUUAUGUGUUUAUGGAUUAUUUUGCCCCGCCUCAGGAGCACAGGAAGUCACUACCAUUUAUAUUCUAAAACAGACCUAUCUAUGUUCAUAGGACUUCUGAUGUGUUCAGAUAGGAAUCCUCGUGAGAGAUCAUUAUGCUUUGUGCCCUGGACCACUGCUGCUCUGGGUUCUCAGGAGGAACAGGCAGGAGCAGCUUCAUUCUAAGCCUUUCCAGUGACCUCAGCCUUGCUUCUCUUCUACAACACUAAGGCUCCUCUGUCAGAGGAGGUCGUCUUGUUUUUGCCUCAUUGCAUGACAUAACCCUUCCCCUCAAGCUGUUCCUAUAUAUACAUGCACACACAAAAUAAGCCAGACAGAUGGCAAUUUGAUCUUCCUUUUUUAGAAAAAAAAAAAAAAUGGGGAAAAGGGAUUUUUUUUAAAUCCACCUGACCCAACUAUAUUUAAUAUGCCUCUCCCACACAUUACCACAGAGUCUGAUAUUCAAAGGUUAUCCCCUUUCCCUCAGGAAGCCUCUAAAGUGGUUAAGUUGUAGCCCUCAAAUUUGCAACAUGUAUUUUUCUAGGACAGUAAAGUAAUCUUUACAGAUGAAUUUAGUUGCAUGGUAUAAGGUGUCUCAGCACCUGUUUGCCUUCUAUUACCUUUAGAAGGUAAGUAAAAGUAAUGGGGGAAAGGAUUAGGUGGAGCCUGUCUAAACAUUCUAGUGUGUCUUGGCAAACAUAGCCUGAAAUGAUUCUUACAGAACUGGCAUUGUUUAAUCAAAUAAUUUUUAAGGGAGAUUCCUUAAUUGGGAAGUUUAGUCUGUUUGGGGUUCAAAGAGUAAAUGAGGAUUAGAAAAUCAUGGAGAGAGGCUGGGCUCGGUGGCUAACGCCUGUAAUCCCAGUACUUUGGGAGGCUGAGGUGGGCGGAUCACUUGAGGUCAGGAGUUUGAGGCUAGCCUGGCCAACACAGUGAAGCCCGCAUUUCUACUAAAAAUACAAAAACUAGCUGGGCAUGGUGGUGCAUGCCUGUAAUCCCAGUUAACUUGAGAUGCUGAGGCAGGAGAAUCGCUUGAACUUGGGAAGCAGAGGUUGCAGUGAACCGAUAUCACACCAUUGCAUUCCAGGGCGAGACACACACACACACACACACACACACACUCAAACACACACGCACACACACCACACACACACACACACACACACACACCCCAUGGGGAGAAAGAUGAAAUCUGUGUUCCCCUUUUUUUGGUAGUGCCCACAUCUGGUGCCCCAUUUUUAAUAGCCACAGAAUAUUUCUUUAGAUUGAUAUUCUCACAAAGAAGAAAUAGAAUAUAGGCUGGGCGCGGUGCGUCACACCUGUAAUCCGAGCACUUUCGGAGGCCAAAGCCAGCGGAUCACCAGAGGUCAGGAGUUCGAGACCAGCCUGACCAACAUGAUGAAACCCUGUCUCUACUAAAAAUACAAAAAUUAGCCAGGCAUGGUGGCAUGUGCUUGUAAUUCCAGCUACUCGGGAGGCUGAGACAGGAGAAUCGCUUGAACCUGGGAGGCAGAGGUUGCGGUAAGCCAAGAUCGCACCAUUGCACUACAGCCUGGGCAACAAGAGGAGCGAAACUCUCUCAAAAAAAAAAAGAGAAAGAAUAUAAAGUGAAUCUGAAUCUCCACUCAAGGGGAUGGCCCCAAGGAUAUUGUAGCUAGUAAUGUCUUCAUGCCACUAGGUGUCCCCAGUGUUCAACCUCCAUGACUGAGAUUGGAAGAAGUAGAGUUAAAAGUUUUUACUACCUUUGAGAAGCCUGUGGGCAUGUUCACAGUCGUCCCCUGCCAGCCAGGUUCUGAGGCUAACUGCUUGUGCCCCUGCUGCUUCUCCACAUGGCAUUGUGGGAGUUGCUGAUACUGGGGAAAUGAUGUCAGAUCUGACCAAGUGGUGCUCAGAAAACCACCCUCGGCCUUGCAGACUCCAUAGUUUAUCUCAAGGCAGUGCCAGUGGGAUUUGGUGCUAAAGGCAUAAGGCCAAGUCGGCCUCUGAUUUUGGCACAAAAGAAUGGUCUCAUGCCAGUAGCAUUGAACUGCUGAGCUUGGGAAGGCUUAAGGCUCCCACACAUAGACUGAGAAUGAUGGGGGUCCCUCUGGGUCUGCUAAUUAGACAAACAUUCUAUAUCUCGUGCCAAAAGUAGUCCUAAAUCCUUUGGCAAGGGUCCUUUCUGCUCUCAUGCUGAUUUGGGGGAGGACUGGGCAUCCUGCCUCAGGAGAACUUGAGUCCUGAGGAAAGGGCCCUAGUAUCACUUAAGGGCUGCCCCUGGCUAACAGCUACUCGGCUGUGGGUGAGAGCAGAAGGUCUUGGACCCCUCAGUGUGCAGGUACUUAAUUGUGUUUCCAGUGCAUUUUCAUAUACAUUAUCCCAUUUAACCUCUAUAACAGGUUCACAGAGUGGAUAUUCCCAUUCUGUUGAUGAGAAAAAGAGUGGAGAGACUGUGUCCAGUGUCAGCAGGAAGAAAAAAGAUCUGUUGGAGGCCAGUACGUGUUGACAGAAACUCUAGACCAUAUUUUGUCUCCUGUCUUUGGCCAAAGAGAACUAGCUUCAGUCUGAAAAGGGCAGGGCUAAGUGGUUACAAGGAACUAAAAAGUUCAAGGUAAGACAAAUGAGGUAAAAAUAAAAAAGAGCACUUAGCUGCUCUGAGACAUUUUAGUCUCCUGACUCUGGUAAACAGCAGCUGGGGCACCAAGGGGUUCCCAGGAGUUUGUCGAGCUUUUAUUGGAGUGAACUGAAAGGAAAAUGGAAGGAACACUAUAAGACUGAAAAGAAGUUAAAACCCCAGGGAGGAAGCUGAUAACACAAGUUACAGACGUAUAAGUGACAUUGAUUUGGGAGAAUGAACCUACAACAGAUGACCCAAAAGCAGCUAAAUAAGAGUGAUGAGAGUUUGUAACAGACAUUCAUUAUGGACUUCAGAGAAAAUGAUGCUAAACUGACCUUAGAGUCUUCUUUAAUUUUGUUAACUAGGUAAAAUAAUCUGGACAUUUUAGUCAAAGCAUUAGAGAGAGAGAGAAGUUGGUAACUGACCACUAACUAACAAACUAUAAAUUCACCCAUUGUGGGUUGACCUGGUAAGUUCCCCCAGGGCUGUGUCCUUGGCCCCUCCUUUGAUAUGAGUGACAGAUGACUUUUUUUAUGCCUUACCCAUUCCACAAAAGAAUUUGAAGCCAUUUACACAAGAAAUAGUACUAGUAAAUUAGGAAUGCUGAUGAAAUUUUUAGAUAAUAAGAAACCCUUAGAAAGGAUGACAAUUUAGAAUCCAAAUUUAGGAUCCAAACAAAUACCAUUACAACCUAUAAAAAUGAGCAGAAUCUAAAUGUAACAUUUCAAUAAAUGCAGAUUGAUAAUAACAUCUGUGGAAAGAGUUGAGGACUAUAGAGUACUGUGCUCUCACAGUAUUGCGUGCUGCUAAGAGUUUAAUGGCCGGGUGUGGUGGCUCACACCUGUAAUCCCAGCACUUUGGGAGGCCUAGGUGGGUAAAUCACCUGAGAUCAGGAGUUCGAGACCAGCCUGGCCAAUGUGAUGAAACCCCACCUCUACUAAAAAUACAAAAAUUAGCUGGGCAUGGUGGCACGUGCCUGUAAUCCCAGCUACUCGGGAGGCUGAGGCAGGAGAAUCACUUGAACCUGAGAGACAGAGGUUGCAGUAAGUCGAGAUCACACCAUUGCACUCCAGCCUGGGCAACAGAGCAAGACUCUGUCUCAAAAAAUAAAGUUUAUUAUGCCAAGAGGGCCAGGUGUGGUGCCACACCCGUGUAAUCCCAGCACUUGAGGAGGCUGAGGAGGGCAGAUGACUUAAGCCCAAGAGUUUGAGACCAGUCUGGGCAAUGUAGCAAGACAUGGUCUAUUAAAAUUUAAAAUAAAAGUUUAUUAUGCCAGGAACUGUUAAUGUGUCCAAAAAACUCCAGUGUGGUUCUGGGGUGAGAUAAUAAAAACAGGUAGUUUGGGGUAGUGUGGAAGGUCCUUUCAGUCUUCCUGUGCCUAUCAGUGAUCCUGAUUGCUAUGUUCCCUUCUGCUGCUCAACUGGAGGCUCCCUGACAGAUGAGUCCUCUGCCAGAGGAAAGCUAAGAUGUAGAGGACAAAUCGUGUCAAGGAAAAGAAGCUUGAAGGAGCUAAGAAUGCUUAGCUUAAGAGAAGACAAGAGGAAACAGGACAUGGCUUUGGGAAGUUCAAGGAUGGUCCAGUGAAAUACAUACUAUACUUUUGCACCCCAGCUAAGCUGACCCAUGAUCAAUAAGUAGGAAAUAAAAGGUCAAUUUCUGGCUACUCUUCCCCCCGACCCCAUUUCAGUGAAUGUUGAACCUCUGUUAGAUAUGCAAGGCCAGUGCUAAAUGCUGGAGGACUUUGGCCCUUUCCCUCAAGGAGCUAGUCUAGUAGGGGGUCAGAAAUACAGAUGGGCCUGAACAUAAUGAUGGUUUGACUUCCAGUUUUUCAACUUUAGGAUUGUGCAAAAGCUAUACACAUUCCGUAGAAACAGCACUUCAAGUAUCCAUACAAUCAGUACAGUAUUCAAUAAAUUACAUGAGACAUUCAACACUUUAUUAUAAAAUAGGCUUUGUGUUAGAUGAGUUUGCCCAACUGUAAGCUAAUGUAAGUGAUCUGAGUAGGUUUAAGGUAGGCUAGGUGUAUUAAAUGCAUUUUUCACUUAACAGUAUUUUCAACUUUUGUUGGGUUUAUUAGGAUAUAGCCCCAUUAUAAGCUGAAAGGCAUCUGUAGUAUAAUAAAUGUGGGGAGUGCUGUGAGAGAAAUAAGUGUACUGGGUUUAGUUCCCACUGCCCAAAAAAGGAACUGGCUAAUGGUAACCUGGGGGAAGAAGUUGGGUAAGUUGCAUGGAGAAGGCAACCCUUGAACACUUGCAAGGAGCUAACAAUAUCUGCUUCUGGAGUAUUUAAACGCCAGUGGGUAUGCUAAAUACUUUUACUUCACUCAGACCACCUACUAACCUUACAAAGUAGUCCACUUUGCUCACCCAGUUUUACAGAUUGAUGAAACUGAAGCAGACAGAUUGUUAACCUAUCGAAGGUCACACUGCAAGUGUGAUUAUAGUCCAAGCAGCUUGUACUUGUUGCCUAUUUGUUUUGCCUUUCCUGUGCAUUUGCCAGGCAGAUGAGAGUAGGGUAAGACAUUGCAGAGAAAAAGUAAGAAAAGGCUGUCAUGAAACAAUUUCAUCUUCAGACCUUAUAAGCACAUUAGAAGUACUGAUAUUUAUGCAUAAGUUCAUGGGAGUCCUGGCCAGAAAUAAAGUUGGAAGGAUAAGUGGGGACCAGAUUGUGAAGGAUCCUGCAAGACCUGCUUCCUCUAGAGAAUGGGAGACUACCCAAGAGUACUAAACAGGGAGGUGACAUGAUCAGGUUUUGUGUCUUAGAAAAGUGUUGCAGUGUUGAUCCAAAUGUGACUAGAAGGGUGACUUGGAACCUGGAUUGAAGGGGUGGGAGAUGGGAGAAAGGAAUGCAGACUGGCAGCAGCUACAACAGUCCAGGUGGGAAAACCCAGAGCCUGGACUAAGGUUGUAACUAGAGGGGAUAGGGUGGAAGAGCUGGAUUAGAGAUGUUGACAAGAUAAAGUCAGUAGGACUUAAAGACUGACAAGUAAGGAUUUUCCAAAAGUGAGAGCUGUGGAAUGAAUUGUCUUAAAAUGUUGCAGUGAGUUCCUCCUCAUCAAUCCAAGUGCUCAAUCAGAGGCUAGACCUUUAGUUAGCAGUCACGGGAAAACUUCCCCAUUCUCACGGGGAUUUAGACCAGGUCUUAACCAUACUUCACCAAGAUUCCAGUAGCAAAGCACCCAAAAGUAAUUGCAAUAAAAUUCCAAUUUUUGUAGGCCGGGCAUGGUGGCUCACACCUGUAAUCCCAGCACUUCGGGAGGCCGAGGCAGGCGGAUCACGAGAUCAAGAGUUCGAGACCAGCCUGGCCAGCAUGGUGAAACCCCGUCUGUACUAAAAAUACAAAAAAAUUAGUUGGGCAUGGUGGCGCAUGCCUGUAAUCCUAGCUACUCAGGCAGCUGAAGCAGGAGAAUUGCUUGAACCCGGGAGGCGGAAGUUGCAGUGAGCCAAGAUCAUGCCACUACACUCCAGCCUGGGCGACAGAGCGAGAUUCUGUCUCAAAAAAAAAACAACCCAAUUUUUGUGAAUUUAAGUUUCUCUAAUGGAUGGUGCAGGUCAACAUUUGCCAUCUAAUGACACUUACAUUCCAAUUUUUUCUUUUUUUGAGUAACUGGGAAAAGGGUGGCAUUACUGCUGGCUUCCUAAAAUUGAAAAUUAUACUAGGGUUUUUAAACCUGUGUGGAAUACAUGAUACGGUAGUAAAUGUGCUGUAGGAAGAAGAGCAAUGAGGAACUACUGGCCUGACUAGGAGGCCUAGAAGUCCCUUCCAGGCUUGAGUUGUUCUGACUUGGCAUGAUUACACAGCUGCGGCAAGUGACAUUUCCUUCAAGCCUUGGUUCCCUCAUCUGUAAAAUAGGGAACUAAUACCUACCUCACAGGAUUGUAGUUAGAAUUAAGGAUGACUUCAUUAAAGCACCUCUAGUGGUGGAAGAUGUCCCAUCCUAUCCCCCACCCAUAGCUGGGAGCUAUGUUUGUCUCAUUCUCCCUGACUCACUGGAUUACACUGUGACUCAGUUCAAUUUCACACAUGCUGCUGCUAAAUUAGGGUCUUGGUGAGCCUUUGGGAGGACAGCUCUGAAGAAUGAAUUGUAGCACUGCAGCCCUGCCUGAGGAACAGGAUAGAAACAGGUGGUAGGCCCAGCUCUUGCCUUCCACCUACUAAGCAGUUUUUCUGUGGUUAGCUGUGUGACAUAAACUAUCGGUGUAUUUAUUUGCUUUCGCUAGAUUUCCCCCCCCAACUUAGUCCAAGAACAUACCUGAAUUCUUUGCAUUUCCUGGCUUUAGUUGCUUUUGUAGGGUGGACAGCAGGACUGCAUGAGAAUAGCUGUGCUUCUGGACCCUAUGGUGAAAGCUCUAGUGAACUGCAAUUAGGCCCAGGGUCCCAGAGGAAGAAGGGGAGAGAAAAAGGGGGGUAGUUUUCCAAAAGAUAAGUAGGGGACAAAAAAGUCCAUGGGGCCUAUGAGUGGUGAUAAUCCUGCCCUGAUUGCGGCAAAGCACCUGGAGAUGAUAGAACUUCCUAGGGAAAAGGCUGCAUGGAGUCCCAGGGAUGCUGGACCCUGGUCACCAAGGCUCCCUGGGAAGGUCUCUUGUACCUGGGGCACACAGACCAACACUUCUGAAUUUGCAAGCUUAAGAGCAUGUAUGAGCAGAACCUGUGCAGACCAAGGCUUAGAGGGCUCACCUCAGUGUUUUGCACUGUGUGAGACCCCAGGACCUUUUCGUGAUUCUGGAGAGGGGAACAAACCAUAAUAACAACAAACCAGGUAGCAGGAUAGAGACUCAUUCUCAUCUAUUUUGGUUAAAAGAAAAUAAAUGUAUUUCUUCCACA